UGCUCAAGUUUUAUUAAUUGUUAAUUUGUUGUACAUAAACAAGUAAAUAUAUGUGUAUGCUUUCCGGAUUGUUUACAACAAACACUUCCAAAAACUUCUUCCACGACGAGUUGGCCAAUGCAGUCCAAAGUUAACUAAGAUAGUGAGACUUUCUUCUGUGCAUAGGAUUCCAUCGUAUUUUAUUUGUAGACAGCUUUAUCCAUCAAUUCGUUGGGUCCUUGUUCCGUCAAAAGAUUAUAAGAAUCACCAACAACUUAAUCUCAGAUCUGCUUCACACACAUCCAUCAUCUUUAAAAGAAAUUAAAACAGCAACUUUGUAACAUAUAAUGGGAAGGGGUUUGCACAACUUGUUGUUGUGCUUUUGGUUAAUACCCAUACUUGUCGUGGGACGCGUUGUUGUUAAGAAUGAGGAAGGACCUCGCCUUGAUGACUACCUAGAUGUGAGUACAAUUCAAGAUUCUCCAGAACAACCAAUUUUUGACAGCAAUAAAGGACCUAUGCGUAAAGUUUUUAUACCCGAGACUGGAUCUUCUAACCUACUAAAUGAUCAGCAGAUUGAAUUAACAACGUCUCUACAACCGCUGCGAUCAAUCUGCGAUCCAGAAAAAUUUGUUGAUUUGAGUAGUAUUUUCCAAUCUACCAACUCGAGAAUUCUCACCGAUGAAGAAGAUGUCUCAUUCUACUUUUGUACACGACGUUGUAAUAAGGACGUGUGUCUCUGGUGGCACCAGGGCCCAUUGGUCACACUCAAUUUCAAUAAGCUAAAACAACAGUACGAUUAUCAUCCGAAAACACGGAGUCCAAGUUUAGCAUCGGUAGACGAAGGAUUCUCCCAUGCUGCACAUGAAUCAAGUAAUACUCAGGAUGCUCAAGGAAUUGUUGACGUGAAGUCUAGAAACAAAAGAGCCUCUGACGACACAAAUGACAAGAAAAAUGUGGUCCAUGAUGAUGCUAAAAUAAUUGGAAUGUCGUUUGAAUAUUCAUCUGAUAAAAAGCUAAUCGAGUACGACAUUAAUGGAUCUCCAAAAGUUCUUGAAAGUCUCUUAGUAAAGAUGCGAAUUUACGGAAAAUUUGACAAUACUACAUUAUUCAAGCUUUCAAAAUUUCAAAAAUGUGACGAUCCCAACAAUCAAGAACAAGUAGUUUCAAUUGUCGCCGACGAAUCUGGCACAACGGGUACCCUUGAAGUUACAAUGCCUCGAGUAGGAGAAUUGCACGAAGUGUUUUUGUGUCUCAAAACUCCUGGAAUGUUACAUUUUGCUCGCCAAGGGGAAUAUGGCGAUGAAGGACAAUUUGUGAAACCUACGCUUGUGAUCAAAUUACAAAAACCUCUGCUUCCACUGUGGCUUCAUCUCUUCCUCUUACUUGCUCUUCUCUCUCUUUCCGGAUUAUUUUCUGGUUUGAAUCUUGGACUCAUGAGUUUAAAUAAAACGGAUUUGAAAAUCAUCAUCAACACGGGAACAUCAUCUGAACGGCACUACGCUUCCGCGAUAGCCCCCGUUCGAAACCAUGGAAAUUUUCUCCUUUGUUGCCUACUAUUCAGUAAUGUUUUGGUAAAUUCCUCACUGACAAUACUAGUUGACGUCCUCAUAUCGGGUAUUAUGGCUGUUAUCUGUGCCACCCUGGCGAUCGUAGUCUUCGGAGAGAUUAUACCUCAAGCCAUCUGCUCGAGAUAUGGCCUUGCUGUUGGUGCCAAGACCAUCUACAUUACCAAGUUCUUUAUGCUCAUCACUGCACCUCUGGCUUUACCUUUGAGUAAAGUUUUAGAUUGGAUACUAGGCGAGGAAAUUGGAAGUGUAUACACUAGAGAACGCCUUAAGGAAUUGCUUCGGGUUACCCAAGAUUACCACGGUUUAGCAACAGAUGAAGUGGGAAUAAUUUCCGGGGCACUGGAUAUGAAAUCAAAGACUGUCAAAGACGUAAUGGUUCGCCUUGAUAAUACUUUCAUGUUGCCUAUUACAUCAGUUUUAGAUUUCGAUACAAUGUCAGAAGUCGAAUACCAUGGUUACUCUCGAAUUCCUGUGUUUGAAAAUGAACGAAAAAAUAUUGUUGGGCUACUGAACAUCAAGCAACUUACCCUACUAGAUGUGAACGAUAAUAUUCCUCUGAAAACUGUAGUUGAAUAUUAUCAUAACAAAUUGUUCUUUGUCUUUGAGAAUGUUCGUCUGGAUUUCAUGCUGAAGACAUUUAGGGAAGGAGCAAAUGGACAUAUGGCGUUUGUCCAACGAAUAAAUGACCAGGGUGAAGGGGAUCCAUACUAUGAAACUAUUGGAAUUUUAACACUGGAAGAUGUAUUAGAAGAGCUUUUGCAAGCUGAAAUUAUGGACGAAAGCGAUAUUGGAAAACAUGAAGCCAGACUUACAAAUGGUGUGCGACCCAAGAAUUCAGCCGCUUUUGCUUUGAUGAGAAGAAAACCGAAGACUCGAGUGGAACUUCCUGCACCCCUGGCGCUAGCUACUGUGCAAUUUUUAACCACGAGCGUUGAACCUUUCAGCAAGACCAUUUUGUCGCUUUCGAUCUUGAAACGCCUAGUAUCAAACUGUGCCCAUUACAUUAAACUUCCAAGACACCGAGGAAACAUUCCGGACAUUAUUCUCUACGAGGAGGGAAAACCAUCCGAGUAUUUCAUAAUAAUUCUGGAAGGAAGGGUAGAAGUCACUGUUGGAAAAGAGAAACUUACUUAUGAAAGCGGUGCAUUUACGACAUUUGGAAAAGAUUUCCUAAUAUCUGCUUUGGCCGCCGAUAAGGUUGGGAGUGCACCAUCUACUACUGCUGUUGAUAAAUCUGAUCUGAAAUCUAAAAAACGCACAUUUAUCCCGGAUUACACUGUUCGAGUUACUACAAAUUUGCACUAUCUGAUGUUGAAAUACAGUGCUUAUAAAGCUGCCAUAUUAGCAACCGGGAUAGAGCGGUCAAAUGCAGACCCUACCCAGGCUCAUAGUAACUAUUGGCAAGAGGAGAUUGACAAGAUUCUUGAAAAAAUUUCCUCAUAUGAUGACGACGCUGGAUCUGAAACCAGUCGACGACCCAGAAUUUCGCGAGAUGAAAGCUUCCGAGCUCCUAACAUUACUUUUGGUGAAAACGAGGGCCUCACGCGUAAAAUAUCAUUUCCCGUUAUUGGAGAAUCUGGGUUUGAAAAAGACGAAAAAACUGGUCUGGUUCCUGACGCAAUUUACAUGAGAACACCAAUUAUUCCUGAAGAAAAGUUAACAGACGAGGAGAACAAUAUUAAAGAGCCGAACGAGGAGACGAAACUUUUAAUAAAGUGACGAUGUGAUUGACGGAACGGUGCCCUGAAAAAUGAAUCUGUUGUGUGCUGAAUUUUAAGUUGAUUUUAACGAAAUUUUUUUAAUGGACUGACACUCUUAAAGGGAUUUCUUGUGUAUACAAGUUUGUUUAAUAUGUUAUUAAAUUUAUUUUUGAAUGAAAUCUCCUGGUCUUUUGUGAUAAUAAAUAAAACAUUGUACAACUGUCA